CUUUUCAAGUAUUUCUAGACAUCUUUUAUUAAAUAUACCAUACUAUAUACUACCUCUUUCACUUGUAUUUGAAAAUCUGAAAAUGGUUCGGAGCUUGAAGAAUCCAAAGAAGGCGAAAUGCAAGAACAAGGGUUCGAAGAGUUCGUCGUCGAAUUCGGGGCCCACAGUGGAGGCUAAGGUGUGGCAACCAGGUGUUGACAAGCUGGAGGAAGGGGAGGAGCUUCAGUGUGACCCUUCUGCUUACAAUUCCCUUCACGCUUUGUUUGAGGCAGAGAAGUCUUCCUAUAAUUAUAUUGGAAUAUUUAAAUUAUUAAAUAUUUCUGGGAAGAGACGUGAACUGCUGCCCAACAAGAUUGACAAAGAUGGUUCUGACAUGGACAGUGACAGUAGUGAUAGUGAUGAGGAUGAAGGGGAAUACGACAGUGGAUCGGGCUCCCAAUUUUGCAGUUACGAAAGUCCCUCAUGUAGGAGGCGUGAACCGCAUACGUGCAAUGCGCCAAAAUCCUCAUAUUUUUGCUUCAUGGGCAGAUACGGGUCAUGUUCAGGCAAGUGUUUACUCUUGUGUAUAAAGGAAAAUAGCUAUGAAAUGUGGGACUUGAGCUCGCAAUUGAAGUCUUUGGUAGAAUCGGAAGCUGAAGCUAUCCAUUCGGGACCCACUGAUUCCAAUCAAGUUCCUAUAGUCGGAUUUUCUGGACACAAAGAUGAAGGGGAUUGCAAGAGUAAUAUUCAUCUGUGGGAACCCGCAUCUGAUUCUACAUGGAAUAUUGAUGCGAGUCCCUUUGUUGGUCAUACUGCAAGUGUUGAAGAUUUACAGUGGAGUCCAACAGAACCAUUUGUAUUCGCCUCAUGCUCAGUCGACGGAAGGAUUGUGAUUUGGGAUGUUCGUUUGGGAAAAUCACCUGCAGUUUCGAUCAAAGCACAUGAAGCUGAUGUAAAUGUCAUAACAUGGAACAGCCUGUCGAACUGUAUGCUAGCAUCCGGUAGUGAUGAUGGGACAUUUUCUAUUCGAGAUCUUAGAUUGCUCAAGGUACCGAUUAUUGAAAUAUGGGGCCUUUCAUGGGAGAGAGAUGAAGAAGAGGAGGCAGAAUUCAAAGCCACGACUAAAGAAACAGUCGAUGCCCCCACUGAUUUGCCACCUCAGCUUUUCUUUGUUCAUCAGCCCGGUGGUGGAAAGCCGAGCUUCCUGCGGAAUAUCCUUGUGCGCCUCUUCCUCUUCUGCGUGCUGAUAAUCGCCCUCAGAUUCGCGUAUGUGGUCACGCUGCGGGGCGAAUCGUGCGACGUCGGCGAUUUCUGCUUCUUCUCCGCCCUUCCGGAGAAUCUCAACGUCGUCGCCGGGGUGGGUCAGCUGGCGAAACCCUCCUCGGCGGCGGCCGUAUCUUCGUCCGGUAACUCCGCCCCGGCCGCUCCGAAGAAGAUCCCCGAUCUGUGGACGACAAAGAAUUUCCAGAAAUCCGUUCAGUUCUACUCGUCCGUGUUUCAAGAUCUAAUAUCCGAUGCUGUUCUGAGCCCGAGCUUCAAGACCCUGUGCGUGGACACGCAGACCGGAGCUGACGUGUUCGCCCUGAGGGAGAUCGGCGUGGAGGACUCAAUUGGCAUCUCCAAGAAAGGUUUCAAGCCGCUGGUAUUACAGGGGCAGGGUUUCAAGCAGCCGUUUAGCAGUAAAACGUUCGAUCUCGUAUUCUGUGGAGUUGGAGUGGUGGAAAAAUCGGCAAGGCGGGCUGAUUUCGUGGCUGAGGUUGAUCGGACACUAAAGCCCGAAGGGUUUCUGAUCAUCCAUACUAUGGCUAACGACACGUAUAGUUUCGAAUCUUUACUCAGUUUGUUCAAUUUCUGUAAAUUGGUAAAAAGUAGGUAUAUUGAUGGUUUGAAUUCCAAAAAGCCGUUCGUUCGGGAAAUUGUUCUGCAAAGGUUCACUGAGGAAGCUGGUAUAAAACAAGUUACUGAAAAUUCCAGCAGUAAUUCUGCUAAUAAAUGCAACGUUCCGAGUUAUAAACAAGAGCUGAUAAAGAAAUCGGAGCCUUUGAUCGAGGAAGAGCCGAAAAAGCCUUGGAUCACGCUAAAGAAGAAUGCUCAGAAGAUAAAGUACUUGCCUUCAAUGGUCGACAUUAGUUUUAAGUCUCGCUACAUUUAUGUCGAUGUGGGAGCACGAAGCUACGGCUCGAGCAUCGUGAGUUGGUUCAAAAAAGGGUACCCUAAACAGAACAAGACUUUCGAGAUUUUUGCAAUUGAGGCUGAUAAAACCUUCUACCCCGACUAUAAGAACAAAAAGGGAGUUACUUUGUUACCCUAUGCUGCCUGGGUAAAAAACGAGUCUUUGUUUUUCGAGAUUAACGAGGACCCGGGCCACAAGGAGGUUGAAAAAGGCAGAGGAAUGGGCCGUAUUCAGCCUGUUCAAUCCUCUGGUGGCUCGAAAUCCUCGGACAAUAUUGAUGAGAUUCAAGGGUUUGACUUUGCUGACUGGCUGAAAAACUCUUUUUCCGAGAGAGACUAUGUGGUGAUGAAGAUGGAUGUGGAAGGGACUGAAUUUGAAUUAAUUCCAAGGUUGUUUGAAACUGGGGCUAUCUGUUUGGUUGACGAGGUUUUUGUCGAAUGCCAUUAUAACAGGUUCGUGAGUUAUUACCUCGAAGACGAAAGACGAAUCAGAGAACACGAAGAUGGUGAUGGAGUCGUACUUAGAGGCGAUUCGGGUGCACGAAUCCGACUGCAAGGCUCGUCUAAAUACGUAUCGAUGUUCAGCAUGCAAGGCAAAAAGGGGAUCAACCAAGAUGCAAUGACUGUUUGGGAGAGCUUUUCAGGGGACAAAGACAUGUUCCUAUGUGGCGUGUUCGACGGUCACGGGCCCUCGGGCCACAAGGUGGCCCGAUACAUCCGAGACUUACUACCUACAAAAAUAUCAAAGAUGUACCGGCAGCCAUGCGUAGAAUGCAAGGCCACAGAAAUCCGAGAAAAUCCAGAGUCGAAAAACCCGUUAUUCCUUUCGUGGAAAGCCCGACUAACCAAAUGCUUCCACGAAAUGGACGAGCAGCUCGAGGGAGAAGCCUCGAUCGAGAGCUACUGCAGUGGCACAACGUCCGUUUGUGUUCUUCGAAAGGGGGAGCACUUGAUAAUUGCAAACUUAGGAGAUUCUCGAGCGGUUCUUGGCAAGAGGGACGAAAGUAAUCAGCUUGUUUUCGAGCAGCUUUCGGUGGACCUCAAACCCAAUCUUCCAAUCGGGUCGUCAAGAAGGAGGGCCGUGACAGCUAAGAUGCUGGUGGAGCAGGCCCGGUGGGCCUGGAGAUACAAGUUCCCACGGUCCAAGAUCGAUGAUUGUGCAGCCGUGUGCUUGUUCUUUAAGAGCCAGAGGCCUUUCCUAUCGAAAUCUGUCUCGGAAAAGACGCAUUUGUCCCUGAACUAUGCCGAACUCGACGUGAGAAGCUAUGCGGGCAGCAUGCAGAGUGACGAUGCCCUCGACACGGUCUUGAACUGCAAAGUCGAUGAGGAAAGCCCGGCCCAAGAUGAAAACAGGCCGCCUGACGAGAAGGGUUCGUCUGGUUUGGUUCGUACGACGAGGAGGAGGAGGCAUGAGAGGAAGACGAAG